AUGUACGUAAUAUACAAUAAUCUAACCGACGAGUUCAAGAGUCAUCGCAAUUCGAAUAAAUCACAAAUUCCACCCAGACGUCAGAGAAUAACAGAAGCAAUUAGAAACAACAGUUUGUUAACAUUUAUUUUUUUGAACAUUUCAGGUUUCGAAGAUAUCAGAUCACUUUUGAAUAUACACUAUGUAGAUGAGGGGACAAUCAACUGUGAUAUCUGUGGACAUUUGUUCAAAUCGGGGAUUUUUAAGUCCAGAUAUAAAUUCUCCUGCCAACUGUGUAACGAAACUUUUUGCAGUGAAUGCCACUACAGAUUAACUCUAUUCAAGGGUUCAAUUGAGAUAUUUAAUUUAAUUUUAGGAACGGAAUUACAAAACCCAAUAACAGUUUCAUCAUGUAAAGAAUGCUACAUAUAUUAUCGCGUUUGUUUGAUAUUGACUAUAAGUCUGAUGCGGACGUUGGAAGAUAGUGUUCCUGAAGACGCUAAUUUAUUAAACAUUUUCAACCUGUAUUCUGACGUCUUGGAAAUCUACAAAGAUCUGAACACUAAGCUCUUACAACUCAGAGGGUACCUGAAACUCUUAAACAUACAUACUUCUCUUAAAGAGAAAUUGCCUGAAGGAACAAGAAAUUCAAUAGUGAUUUUAUUAACAGAAACAACAAAUAGUAAGAAGAAACUUUCAAAUAUAAAAUCUAACCUGAAAAAUUUUAAGGGUACAAAUGUGUCCAUCACAACCUCCCACAUAAUCAAGUCACUCAACACGCUUUUAACGACAAUUCUGUACAAAAUCGUGCCAGAAUUCAACGGAGUCAAAAAUAAACUUGCACUUUUCGAAGAUUACGACAAGUGA